AAAUUUACAAGAACAAGGGGAGUCUGCGAUGAGUUGAUGGCAUCGUCUUCUCAGGGAUUUCAAGCAUUCAAUUUUUUUUCUGGAGUUAUCGUUAUCUUUUCCCGAUCUCAAUCAUCACGAAAAGCUGAAAAUAAAAUAUGCAGAAAAUGGAGGACAUGGACAUUGAUUCAUUAGUGGACAUACCCGACACUCCUGAUAGGUUAUCUUCACAGCGAAUGAAUGGAAUUCAUCAUGUUGGCAAUUUAUAUAUAGCUAGUCAUGUGGGAGAUUCUAAUUCUGCAGCCUUGGACAGGCAGCUAAGGGGCAGAGGUAGAGUGGUUGCUGAAAAUGGGCAGCACAGAAAACAUUAUAAACACCCUCAAAAACUUUCAGGCGGUGUUGAUAAGAUUGAACAUCGAAAAAACACUAUUGUUUUAUCCCCACUAGAGGAAACUCGAGAAAAUGCUCCCCUAUCCAGAAAAACAACAUUGGAGAGAAGCAGGAAUUCCGUCAGAGAUCAAUACAUGGAAAAAGGAAAAGCUCCUUGCUCUAAACUGCCUUCUAAAUCCUCUGGAUUUGGUAAAGACCAUGCUACUGUAAAUUUAACUGGACGGAAUAUGCACAAACCUGAAAUGAAGUUUCCACAAGGUGGAUCAGAAAAUUGCUUUGCUGAAGGAGGAAGAAAAGGUAUUGUACCAAGAAAUGGUGGUUCUUAUACAUGUAAUUCUUCAAGCAAUUCUGCAACAGCCAGAGAUAACUACAAGGGUAAAGAAAAAAUAGAUGAUAUUGGCUUUAAAGGUGUUGGCUCAGUUAUGGAUCAUAUGAAAGGGGUGGAUCUCUCUUGUAUUUCCCCUCUUAGAUUGGAAAAGCAAUUGUCUGCAUCCCACCAUUCUGAUGUCUCACCAAGAGCAAUCGGGAAAAAAAGGUUGGUUCGUAAUGGUUGCAUCGCCCCUCAGAAUAUAGCUAUCAGGGCUAAACAACUCAAUGAACAAACCCAGAUCAGCUUUAAAUCUGAAGAAAAUAUUGGGAAUGUAGUUAGCAGCAGACCUUGUGUAGACAUUAGUGAGAUAAUUGCGGAAGAUAAUAAUUAUGGUAAAGGAGGAGUUGUCCAUCCCCAUGCAUCCAUGAAUCCUGAUAUCAAUGUUACUAGUUUAUAUGGCAGUGCUGUUAGUAACAAUAGUGAUUCGAUUAGAGAUGAAUGCUUUGAAAAAAAAGUUGGUCAGAGAAGCAUACACAACUGUUCAAAAAAUGUAGACCAUGCAGCUGCUCAUCAUUUCAGCAGAUUUAAAAAUAUUGGAUGUCAAAUGAGUCAACAAAAUGAAAAUAAAGUUGUAAAAAGAAAUGACACUAAUCGAGGAAACAACAGAGUUCUAUCUGGUUGUCUUGAAAAUCAUGAUGCAACUGAAAAAGCUCCUGUGAUCUUCUCAAAAUCCAACCAUAUAAGUGGACCUUCUCCUCCAGAAAACAUGCUGCCUAAAAUGCAAACGAAACACAUAUUAACCUCAGGAAAUAGUGGUGAAAGCUCUAGGCUCAUUCCUUAUGAUGCAGAUGUUGUGUUUCUUGGCUCAUCUCGGGAAUCAUCGAGUUCAAGGUCAUCUAGAAUUAAUAUUGGGCAACAUCUGAAUGUUUUGGAUCUUGAUGAGUCAUUUGAAAUGAGAGGGACAAAUGGCAAUUAUAGAGACUGUGUGAGUGAUGAGGAAUUAGAGGCUAGGGCAAGGCAAGUUGAAUCAGAUGAAAUGCUGGCCCGUGAACUCCAAGAAACAUUAUAUCAUGAGGUCCCAAUAUAUGAAAAUUUCGAGCAGCUUGAUGAAAACAUUGCAAGGGCACUUGAGCAGGAGGAAGAUACACUCCCCAGUACUUCUACUCGUAGUCUUCAUGAGUGUCUUCAGAUAGAUGAAAACAUUGCAAGGGCACUUCAGCUGGAGGAAGAUACACUCCCCAGUACUUCUACUCGUAGUCUUCAUGCAAGUCAUCAGAGAGGCUCAACAAGGCAGUGUCGUACUCAGUCUUCAUUACAGACGUCUCAGAAUUCUACAAAUAGGAGAGGAAGAGGCUCAGCAAGGCAGUCUCGUACUCGGUCUCCACCGCGGACUUCUCAGAAUACUUCAAAUAGGAGAGGUAGAGGCUCAGCAAGGCAGUCUCACACUCCGUCCCCAUUGCGAACUUCUCAGAAUACUUCAAAUAGGAGAGGUAUACGGGCUCGUUUUUCUACUUCUUCUAGAGUGUCGCGGUUGAGGAAUCAAGUUUUGAAUCAGAAUCGAGCAGUACCAUCUAGGACAAGGAAUUUUCACUUUCCACCAGACAUGAAUUUGGAUAUGAGAUUUAAUAUAAUAGAAGCCAUGGAGAAUAUUAUAGAAGAUGAUACCACUGGUGACACCUUUCGAAUUCAUGAUUUUACCGAUAGUGACUAUGAAAGGUAUUUGGCACUCGAUGAAAACAAUCACCAUACCGGAGCAUCUACUCGGCAGAUUAACAGUUUACCGCUCUCGAAAGUGCAGACCAAUAAUUCUGAUGAAGUCUGUGCCAUAUGUCUCGAAAGCCCUUCGAUUGGAGAAACCGUUCGCCAUCUUCCUUGUCUACAUAAAUUUCACAAGGACUGUAUCGAUCUGUGGCUCAGUCGGAAAACGUCAUGCCCGGUUUGCAAGUCAUCAAUAAAUUGAAUGGGGGAGCGUAUAUGCUUUGAAAUGUUGAUAGGAGAGAAGAUCAAGAAUAUAUUGUGUAAAGUUAUGGGGCAUAGCCUGCAACUUUCCUUUUUUCUUUUCGAAUAAUGACAAAAAUAUACCUGACGUUUGCACAAAUGA